UUCUCUCUAUUCCUGUAAUACAGGUGGUGACCAUCCCUUUAAGAGCGGCUCCUGUAAUAAAGGUGGUGACCAUCCCUUUAAGAGCUGUGUGUGCAGUGUGGAUAUAGUGUGAUCCUGCCCGGAGAGCUGGAUGUGGAGCAGUGAGUGUCUCUGCCUGGCUCACUCCUCUCACACACACCUUGCCGCAGCCUGGACAGAGGGACACAGAGACAGCAGCUACCCACUGAGCCUCUCUCCUCCCUGGGCUGUGAGACCGGACCUCCACCCCCUCCCCUAGCUGAGGACCAGGAGACCCCCCUCUAGAGACCCACAGCGGACUUCAGAGCAAUGUGACCACUGACUGAACCAAGCCAGCACCAAACAGGCUGUUAUGGAUCUGAGAAGAAGAAGGAACAGCACACUGUGAAUCCCUGCUGGUCCAGUCACAAUGGUCCCAGUUCUGUUUUUGGUGGCAAUCACGUUAACAACCAAUGACACGUCCAACGAAGACCAGACAGGUGAAAACACCAAGUCCCAGAGUUCCCACGUCCUGCCUACCGUGCUGGUCAUCUCCGUGCUGCUUGUCAUCAGCAUACUGCUGGCCUGGUACUUCCUCAGGUUGAGAAACCAGAGAAAGGAGGUCGUCACAGCAGUCGACAAGAAAAUACCGAAUGGAAUCCUGGAAGAACAAGAGCAACAGACAGUGGUGCUGCUCCCCAGAUCCCCGUCUGCCUCUAAAACCUACUUCCCCAUCCCGGUCGACUGUCUGGAGGAGGAGACCAGGAUACGAUGCGCUGACGACGGCAAACUCUUCAGAGAGGAGUUCAAUUCGUUGCCGUCUGGAUAUACCCAGGGGACAUGCCAGGAGGCCAACAAAGAAGACAACAGAGAAAAGAACAGAUAUCCCAACAUCCUUCCAUAUGAUCAUUCCAGGGUGGUGUUGACCCAGCUCGAUGGAAACCUCUGUUCAGACUACGUCAACGCUUCAUACAUCCAUGGCUACACGGACAAUAACAAAUUUAUUGCAGCACAAGGUCCUAAACAAGACACGGUAGCAGACUUCUGGAGGAUGAUAUGGGAACAGAAGACAGCAACUAUUGUCAUGCUGACCAACCUGAAAGAGAGGAAAGAGGACAAGUGUUACCAGUACUGGCCAGACCAAGGCUGUUGGACCUAUGGUAAUGUCCGGGUGGCUGUGGAAGACUUUACUGUGUUGGUGGACUACACCAUACGGAAGUUCUGCAUACAAUAUCAGGCCAGUGACGGCACCAAGCCCUCCAGGCUGGUCACCCAGCUACACUUCACCAGCUGGCCUGAUUUCGGGGUGCCCUUUUCCCCCAUCGGCAUGCUCAAGUUCCUCAAGAAAGUCAAGACGGUCAACUCCUCCUUCGCUGGUCCCAUCGUGGUUCACUGCAGUGCUGGUGUGGGAAGGACAGGGACCUUCAUUGUGAUUGACGGCGUGAUUGACAUGAUGCACCAAGAGCAGAAGAUUGACGUCUUUGGUUUUGUGUCCAAGAUACGAGACCAGCGCUCACAGCUUGUACAGACAGACAUUCAGUACUCGUUCAUCUACCAGGCCCUGUUGGAGUACUACCUCUACGGAGACACAGAGCUGGACGUAUCCUCUCUGGAAGGACACCUGCACAAACUCCACAACACCCACGCCCCCUUCGACAGGGUCGGCCUGGAGGAAGAGUUCAGAAAACUGACCAACAUGCGGAUAAUGAAGGAGAACAUGAGGAUGGGGAAUCUCCCUGCCAACAUGAAGAAGAACAGAGUUCUCCAGAUCAUUCCGUAUGACUUCAACAGAGUGAUUAUGUCCAUGAGAAGAGGCCAAGAGUUUACUGACUACAUCAAUGCGUCUUUUAUAGAUGGCUACAGGCAGAAGGACUACUUCAUAGCGACCCAGGGUCCUUUGUCUCACACGGUAGAGGACUACUGGAGGAUGGCCUGGGAGUGGAAGUGUCACUCCAUCGUCAUGCUGACUGAACUACAGGAGAGGGAGCAGGACAAGUGUUUCCAGUACUGGCCCACAGAGGACUCAGUGACCUACGGAGACUACACUGUAGAGAUGAAGGGAGACACUGUGUGUGAUACCUUCAGUGUACGGGAUCUGGUACUCACCUACGGCCCAGAUAAGCAGACACGUCUGGUCCGCCACUUCCACUUUCACGGCUGGCCAGAGAUCGGGAUCCCAGCCGAAGGGAAAGGAAUGAUCGACAUCAUCGCCUCGGUGCAGAGACAGCAACAGCAGUCAGGAAACCAUCCCAUCAUCGUACACUGCAGUGCUGGUGCAGGGCGAACAGGUACGUUCAUUGCACUGAGCAAUAUCCUGGAGCGGGUCAAGGCCGAGGGCCUACUGGACGUCUUCCAGACUGUGAAGAGUUUACGGAUGCAGAGGCCACAUAUGGUCCAGACUGUGGAACAAUACGACUUCUGCUACCGGGUGGUACAAGACUUUGUGGACAUUUUCUCAGAUUAUGCCAAUUUUAAAUGAUGAAAUAUUUGCCUUACAAAACAU